UUGUGUUCCAGAAGUCUCCCCUCUUCCACUAGGCUACCUAAGAUGGAAGCCCCUCUGGUAAGCCUGGAUGAAGAGUUCGAAGAUCUGAGGCCGUGCUACAUUGAAGACCGGGAAGAGAAAUCUCAUUAUUUUUAUGGCUCCUCUCCUCGGCAUUUGGAAGACCCCUCCCUUUCUGAGCUUGAGAACUUCUCCUCUGAGAUCAUCAGCUUCAAGUCCAUGGAAGAUUUGGUCAAUGAAUUUGACGAGAAGCUCAAUGUCUGCUUUCGGAAUUACAAUGCCAAAACUGAAAACUUGGCCCCUGUGAAAAACCAGCUCCAGAUACAAGAAGAGGAGGAAAACCUGCAGGAUGAGGAGGUUUGGGAUGCUCUUACAGACAAUUACAUCCCAUCCAUCACCGAAGACUGGAGGGAUCCUAACAUCGAGGUGCUAAACGGCAACGUCUCCGACACAGAGAUCCACGAGAAGGAAGAGGAAGAGCUUAACGAGAAGAGUGAAAAUGACUCUGGUAUUAACGAGGAGCCUCUACUCACAGCAGAUCAGGUGAUUGAAGAAAUCGAGGAGAUGAUGGAGAAUUCACCAGACCCUGAAGAGGAAGAAGAUAUUUUGGAGGAAGACGAUGGUGGAGAGACCAGCAGCCAGGCUGACUCUGUCCUUCUACAAGAGAUGCAGGCGCUGACACAGACCCUGAACAACAACUGGUCCUAUGAAGGCUACCCCAUCUUUAGAGCCUGGGGCUUGAAGCACAUGUCCGUCUCAGAGCUUUCAGAGCUCCUGGAUCGCGUAGAAGUUGCUAUCCGGGACUACUCCGAAGAACUGGUCCAGCAGCUGGCUCGUCGGGAUGAGCUGGAGUUUGAGAAGGAGGUGAAGAACUCCUUCAUCACAGUGCUGAUGGAGGUCCAGAACAAGCAGAAAGAGCACAGAGAGGUGAUGAAGCGAAGGCGGAAAGAGAAAGGGCUGAGCCUACAGAGCAGCCGAAUAGAAAGGGCGACCCAGAUGCCUCUCAAGCGAUUCAGCAUGGAAGGUAUCUCAAACAUUCUGCAGACUAGUAUCCGGCAGACAUUUGGGAACUCGGCAAAUGAUAAACAGUAUUUGAACACCGUUAUUCCCUAUGAGAAGAAAGGGUAUCCUCCUUCAGUUGAAGACUUACAAAUGCUCACAAACAUUCUUUUUGCAAUGAAGGAGGACAACGAAAAGGUCCCGACGUUGCUAACCGACUACAUUUUAAAAGUUCUCUGUCCUACCUAAGCGCCAUGCUCUGAGCAUUGUGAUGCCAACACAAGACAACAAGGCCAGUGUGUCAUUCCACCACAGGGACUGCAUGACGUAAUGUAAACUUUUGAAUUGUGUAUUUAAAGAUGUAUAGCAUUAACCUGGAUUAAACAGGAGCAAGAGUCUUUCCUUUGCUGUCAAUUUCUAGUCAUAGUAAACAUUUGAAUGCAUGAGUGAAGGCAAAGGCUGCUCAUUUCUCUCUCUCGACCCCCUCCAUCUCAGAGGAGGCCAAGCGUUCUCAUUUGCCCUGUAUCCUCGGCCCAUCUUCCCUCCCCAAGCAGCUAUGAGACUAAUUUGAAUACUGAAAUAAACUUUCAUUUAAUUAAAAAAAAAA